UUUCAAGCAAGAGUUUUGAUUUCAAACAAGAAUAGGGUUCCGAGUUGGCCUUGCCAGCUGGCGGCGUUGUUGUUUUGAAAUGGGGGUUUGAAAUCAGGAGGUUCUGUUCAUUGUUUUCAGUCAAAGUUUUAAGACAGGGUUUCCAAGAAGGAUUUUUGAAAGGAUCAGGCUCAGCCGAAUGCUCAAGAUUGUCUCCCUCGGUCUUGUCAGAUGUGAUGGUGGGCGACUAUAGAGGGACCAAAGUGGCGGUGAAGUGUAUCAAAAACGACGCCACGGCGCAGGCUUUCAUCGCCGAGGCCUCCGUCAUGACUCAACUGAGACACAACAACCUGGUGCAGUUGCUGGGAGUGAUCGUGGAGGAGAGGGGAAGUCUCUACAUCGUCACCGAGUACAUGGCCAAGGUCAGUGACACCGCAGGCUCUGCUGGAGGACGCUUUCGUCAUGCCUUUGCGCAAUUGCCUUUGCGUUGGACUUAUUGUCGUUGGUUGCAAUGCAAUUGCAAUUGAACAUGGUCAUCCCGA